AUGUUAAAAAGUCUUUCUUACCGGCAAACUAGUCUUCGUCUACUUGUAAAGUCAUCUCGAGUGACUUUAUCUACACUACCCUAUCCGAAAUCGAGUCAAACCCAAGCCUCACCUGAUGGUACUUCAAUUAAUUACCCAACAACAACACAAACGCUAUCGAAAGAUGAAAACGUACCAUCCAUUUCUCCAAACGAUUUGCUAGCGGCAAAACAAUCACAGAAAUCAUCGGACAUACCCGCUGGUCAUUCAUUAUCAUCAGUACCUCAAACUGACGUUCGACUCUCACAAGAUAGUAAAGUUUCAAGUACGCUUGUCUUGCCUGGUGAACCCUUACGUCCCGCAGCGCCACCAUUAGCUACGGAACAACAACGUGUAACCAUCAAUGAAUACGAACGAUUGCCUUCAUCACGUUUUUCAGCAUUUCUUCGAAGUAUUCGAUCUGGUUUACCGUUCUUUUCAUCCAAGAGCAGUUCCGCAUCACCUAUAAACAUUACAACAACUCGGGAACAUUUUCUUCCGAUAACACGGCCUUCAUUGAUACGAUUAUUGGCUACAGAUUUUCAACUACUCGAAGACAAUGAAGAACGUCUUUUAUUUCAUGAAUUAUGCGAGGGUUUUGACAGUGCGGUUGUUCAACGUUACCACCCGAUAUUGAAUGAACUGAAAAAUCUGUUCAAUCCAUUAAAUCCCGACCACGAAGCAGUUGUUCAGCAUAAAUCAUCCGAUAGGAAUCAUUUGGAUAAUGAAUAUUGGUUAUUACAAAAAGUCGACGAUUUACUUCAUCGAUCGAACUUUACUGAGCUGCCUCGAAAUCUUCUCGUCGAAAAGUUCAUUAUUCAGAGCGAUUCGAAAUCGUCGAAUGUCAAUGUAAAAAUCAACGGUGAGGAUUACGAUGUUUUGAAAUUCUGGAUCUUAGGACGUGAAACAAUCCCAAGUAUUGAACUUUCGCGAUGGAAGAGGUUAUUUCGAAGAUCGAAUACAGCCGUAUCGGGUGAUUAUUUCAAACGUGUGAUUCUAGCCGUACGACUCAAAGGCCAAGAUCGUUUAUAUCUAAAAGCCUUUCGCGAUAUUCCAUUACAACAUCUUCCACAGUUAUUACCUGUUGGUAAAUUGCAAAUUGGCCAUUUCGAACAACGGUUAAUUUGGUCAACCUUUUUCGUUGCAACGAGCACUGCGGUAACACAUCUAAUCACAACUAUGGCGAAUUUUCAUAUCCCCGGUUUAGUGGAGGGUGGAAGUGGUUUGACAUUAUUGUUAACAUUGUGGUCGAUAAGAAGUGCCUACCGGUCGAAAAUUACCUAUCUGGCGAAUAUGAAUCGAGUUUUAUUUUACAAAAAUAUAGCGUCGAAUAAGCAAUUAUUAGCGAUGAUUAUCGAUCGAGCUGAAGAUGAAUUGAGUAAGGAAAUUUUACUUGUUUAUAUGCUUAUCUUAUGGCGACAACGACAUAAUUCAGAUUUAACUAAAAAGGUCCUUGAAUUAGAAGUGGAAAAUUGGAUUCGUUCGAAAACAAAUGCGAAUAUUAAUUUCCAUGGUGAUCAAGCAUUGGAAUUUCUGCGUAAAUUAGGCAUUCUUUUACCGGAAGAUCCUGCGCGACCUAAUCGCUUGCAAGUAAUUCCUGUUAGACAAGUCGUCGGCAUUCUUCCCAAAGUUUCACGAGCUUUAAGUGAAAAGAAUGAAGAAUGGGAUCUAAUUGAAGGUUAUGAUAAGAAAUACUUUGAAGUUGAUUGGAAAACUGUUCUCAACGAAGAUAAACUUCUUCAAAAAGGUGGAUGGUACUAA